GGUAUAACAUCAUUCUCUCCACGUCUGUGUUUCCAACAAUAUUCAACUUCUUCAACAACAAAAUUCAUCUAUUAAUUUAUUGUUAUAUCCAAACAAUAAUACCUGCAUUACUGAACCAAAACCUUACAUAACACAUUCAACAAAUUCAACCACAUUCGUUUCAUUGGUUUUUCGCCUUUAAUUGCACUUUUUCAUCACACAAUAAUUUAUAGGCAGUUACAACAUUUUCCACAAGUUCAACGAAUUAUUGUUACACUAACUUUAAACCUAAAGGUGCAUGCAUUUGUUAUUGAUAGAGUUAUUAAAAGGAAAAUUAAAGUUCAAUGUGAUGAAAAUUAGAUUAUGCAAUUUUAUUGAUGAAUUUCAAAGGAAGAAGGGAAAUGAAAAAACCUUGUUAUAUCGUUGUUUAUGUUAUUCUUCUUUGUGCUUUAGAAAAAGGAUGCUCAGAGGGCAAGAGGUGGAAACAUGAUGAGUUUUUUAGAGAUCAUAUUGGAGAAAAGGCAGAGCAGGUAUGGAAACAUUGUAGGAAAGAAAUGAUAAAGAGGAAUCAUGAUAUCAAUGAAUUUGAUUUGCAUCUAUUGGAUGAGACGAGCGAAAAGAGAUUUAAAUUUCUAUCUCCCCGUAUGAAACAACACUUUCUGGAUUGCAUAAGAAACAGAAAGCCUCUGAUUUCCGAAGAGGACGGACAUUUGUCGAAGAAGCAUUAUGAGUCACUCUUUGGUUUAUCAGACAGACAUAGAUAUUUACUCUCAAAGUCACAACAUAAUCAGACACCACAGAAUUCUGUUCCAUCAUCUGGAUCAUCACCAAAACCGAAAAGUCAUGUUGCAGCACAAGCCACUUCUCCAACUCCUGAGCACUCAUAUGACGAUUUUUGGUUUCUAUUUGCACCACCGCCACCACCACCUCCUCCUCAUUCUACUUUUGAUUCAACGCAUGAUGACAAACAACGGAAAGCAAUUAUUGUUGCUGUAACUGCAUCAGGAAUUAUAAUCUUAAUAGGCUUGUUGUUAUGCUGUCGCGAGGUGAGGAAGAGCAAAAAAGUAGACAAAAAUGACAAGCCUUUACUCAUAUUAAGCGCAACUGGCUUCUCUGGUGGUAGUUCACAAAAGUGUGUUGGUUUUGAGAAUUCUGAUACGAGAGAAUUUGGUCAUGGUAUUAUCUAUGGAAUGAAUCCUUCUACUGUUAGGAAUUUGUCCAUUAAGCAUGAAAAUAACGUCUCACUGGCCGAGAUAACAUCAGCAAAUGGCAAAGGAAAAGAACCAGUGUCUCCAUUAAAUCCUCCUCCAGGAAGAUCAGCUCCUGAGGCUCCACCACAGCCGCCGCCUCCACCACCUGCUCUUGCACCUCGGCCUCCACCUCCUCCAAAAAUGGUUAGGCCUCCACCGGCUCCUCCCAAACCAAUGGUAGGAAGGAACCAAAAAUCCCCUCUAGGACCACUUCGUACCAGUGAGGGUGAUGAUGAAUCUGAUGCUCCGAAAGCGAAAUUAAAGCCGUUUUUCUGGGAUAAGGUUGCAACAAAUCCUGGUCAAGCUAUGGUCUGGCAUGAUAUCAGAGCAGGAUCAUUCCAGUUCAGUGAAGAAAAGAUAGAAUCUUUAUUCGGCUGCAUCAAUCAGAACAGAAAUGAAAGAAGAAAAGAUUCUCCAUCUUUAGAACCUGCUGUCCAGUACAUUCAGAUAAUUAACCCCAAGAAAGCGCAGAAUUUAUCAAUUCUUUUACGUGCUCUGAAUGUGAGCACAGAAGAAGUUAUUGAUGCCCUAAAAGAAGGCAAUGAGAUUCCUGUUGAGCUCAUCCAAACAGUAUUGAAGAUGGCGCCAACAUCGGAUGAGGAAUUGAAGCUAAGAUUAUUCACAGGCGAGGUUUCUCAACUUGGACCUGCAGAGAGGUUUCUCAAGACAUUGGUUGAUAUACCGCUGGCUUUUAAACGUCUCGAAUCUCUACUGUUCAUGUUUACACUUCGGGAAGAGGCUUCAAGCAUUAAGGAAUGCUUUACAACAUUAGAGGUAUCUUGCAACAAACUAAGAAAAAGCAGGCUCUUCCAAAAGCUAUUAGAAGCAGUUCUAAAGACAGGAAACCGAUUGAACAAUGGCACCUAUCGUGGUGGAGCUCACGCGUUUAGGCUUGACACACUUUUGAAACUUGCAGAUGUAAAAGGAACAGACGGCAAGACCACACUGUUACACUUUGUGGUUCAAGAGAUCAUACGUUCAGAGGGCAUAAGAGCUGUAAAAACAGAAAAAGCAAGCCAAAGCCAUUCUAGUAUGAAAACCGAGGAUUUCAUCGAUGAUUCAAAUGGGGAAUCAGAAGAACACUAUCGCAGCCUUGGCCUUCAAGUAAUUUCAGGCCUAAGCACUGAACUAGAAGAUGUGAAACAGGCAGCAGUAAUAGAUGGUAAUAAUCUAACAGCUGCAGUAUUGAAACUUGAUCACACAUUGGCAAAAGCUGAAGAAUUGUUGAAUACUGAUCUGAAAAAUCUAGAAGAAGACAGCGAGUUUCAACAUUCCCUUGCAAAUUUUGUGGACAAAGCAAAAGAGGAAGUGAAAUGGUUGAUAGGGGAAGAGAAGAGGAUUACGACUGAGGUUAAGAGCACUGCAGAUUAUUUUCAUGGGAAUGCAGGAAAAGAUGAAGGGCUGCGUUUGUUUGUGAUUGUACGCGAUUUCUUGGUAAUGUUGGACAAGGUGUGCAAAGAGAUAAAAGUAUCGACCAAUAGAAUAGCGGUGAAGGAUUAUUAUUCUUCUUGCAAGAAAGAGGCUCCUUCAUCGGCAUCCUCUCCAGAUGCUCAUCAACAAUUGCCUUCUGAUAUGCAUAGGAGACUAUUUCCAGCCAUAGCAGAGAGAAGAAUACACGACUUUAGUUCCUCCUCCUCUUCCGACGAUGAUGAUGAGAGGUUACCAACGUAGCAUGAUAUUAAGCUAUGCAAGUGAGUUUAAUUUGUCAACGCGUUCUCUAAUUCAUCAUGUGGCAGAUUUUGAUGCCUUUAAAGUCAAGGAAAAUUGGAGAGCAGGGUCCCAAACUUUGGAGAAAUGUAAGUUUUAUAAUGCCGCGGAAGGGACUUGUACUCUAUCUAUGUGACUCUUGUUGAUCAAUGGAAACUACUGGAUGUCAUCAAAGUAUGAACAGCAAGAGGGGUUCUCUUACCAACCUGAAAAAUUGGAUGUCAGGAGGGGGAAUGAUUGUUUUUGUUGUUUCUUUUCUCCUCAAUUAAUUCGAUGAAAGUCGAUUUCGAUCUGAGUUAAUCGGUGAAAUCUCGAAGUCAAUGGAAUACAUGACAGUAGUAGUUGAGGUAUAGUUUUUUUUUCUUCAAGAUUCUUCUCUAUUUAAUCACUGGUUUUUUGAGGGAACAAUCUUGCUACUGCAAAUUUUGUUUGGAAAGGUAUAUGAUAGAUGUUAUGAGUUGUUACAUGUUACUCAUUGAAUGAUAUAUUUUAAAUCUUUGGUGAUCAA